GUGGCCGCUAUGGGGUGUCGCGGCGUGAGGCCUUGGGCUGUGGGCUCCCGGCUACUGCUGCUCUGGACCGCCGGCUUGGUGCUUCCGGCCCGGGUCCCAGCCCAGCCUGAGAUCCAGUACACCCCGGACUGGACGAGUCUGGACUCCCGGCCGCUGCCCCUCUGGUUCGAUGAGGCCAAGUUCGGGGUGUUUGUGCACUGGGGCGUGUUCUCGGUACCGGCCUGGGGCAGCGAGUGGUUCUGGUGGCACUGGAAGGGCGAUGCCAAGUCACAGUACCAGCGGUUCAUGCGCGACAAUUACCCGCCCGGCUUCAGCUACGCCGAAUUCGGGCCGCUGUUCACGGCGAGCUUCUUCGACCCCGAAGCCUGGGCCAGCCUCUUCCAGGCGGCGGGGGCCAAGUAUGUGGUCCUGACAACAAAGCAUCACGAAGGCUUCACCAACUGGCCGAGUUCUGUUUCUUGGAACUGGAACUCAAUGGAUGUGGGACCCCAUCGUGAUUUGGUUGGUGAGUUGGAAAAAGCCGUGCGUAAGAGGAACAUGCGGUAUGGAGUCUACCACUCACUCUUAGAAUGGUUCCAUCCACUUUACCUACUUGAUAAGAAAAAUAACUUCAAAACACAGUUUUUUGUUAAAGAAAAAACAAUGCCAGAGCUAUACGACCUUGUAAUCAGGUACAGACCUGACUUGAUUUGGUCUGAUGGAGACUGGGAAAGUACUGAUUCUUACUGGAACUCUACAGGAUUUCUUGCUUGGCUCUACAAUGACAGCCCAGUCAAAGAUGAGGUGGUAGUGAAUGACCGAUGGGGUCUGAACUGUUCCUGUCACCAUGGAGGAUACUACAACUGUGAAGACAAAUUCAGACCCAAGACCGCGCCAUCUCACAAGUGGGAGAUGUGCACCAGCAUAGACAAGCGCUCCUGGGGCUAUCGCCGCAACAUGCUGAUGUCUGAGAUUACAAGCGAGGCUGAAAUCAUUUCGGAACUGGUUCAGGCAGUAAGUUUGGGAGGCAACUAUCUUCUCAACAUUGGACCAACUAAAGAUGGAGUGAUUGAUCCCAUUUUCCAAGAAAGGCUUCUUUCUGUGGGGAAGUGGCUGGAAGUCAAUGGAGAGGCCAUUUAUGCAUCUAAGCCAUGGAGGGUGCACUUGGAAAAGAACACAACAGUGUGGUACACCUCAAAAAAAUCAGAUGUUUAUGCCAUUUUCCUGCAGUGGCCAAAAGGUGGAAUCUUACAACUAGAAUCCCCCAAAGUUACCUCAAGCACAGAGGUAAAACUACUGGGAGUCAAAAAACAAGUGAAAUGGACCAGAGACUCCACUUCUGGUCUCAUCAUCAAUCUGCCUCACAAAACACCCCCUAUUCUCCCGGUCACCUCUGCAUGGACUAUAAAACUGAAAGGAGUGUUGUGAUCAUUGAUUUUCGAAAGGAAGAGAUAUGUCCAGCUGUUCACAGCUUUGAUUUUCUACUUUCAGCAACAUCAUUGAAAUAAACAACUCUUGUCUACCCAAAGAUAGUUUUCCAACACAUUAUAAUCAAGGAACUGAGCUUAUUAAAGUGACAUAUCAGUGUGUCAAAAAUCUGAUAUCCAUUGCUUGCAUAUCAACAGAGGAAGGGACUGCACAAUUAAACUCUUCAAUUCAUCAAUUUCUAACUUUGGAAAUUCUCUAACAAUAGAAACUUCCCUCCACUCUCUGUCUGCUAACUUAAUAGGGCCCUCAAUGAUAAAGAGUAAGCCAAGUCACCCUGUUGUCCAUGGUAGAAAGUGAAAGGGCUUGACUACCUCAAUCUUGAGUUGUUUACUCAGCAUCAGUUGUGACCGACAUCCCCAGAUCCUCCUAAAGAACAGGAGAGCCUGGUGCAGAAGGAAGAAGCUUCCUAAGCUACUAUCAGGCAGCUCUUUAGAAAUUUCCAAAACAAACUAAGCAUGCUCAAUUUCAGUCUUUUUAGAAUGAUUCAAUUGAGAAAAUUACUGUGAUUCUGCUUUUUAAAGAUAUAAAAUAAAUAUGUAUGUCAAAUGACUUCUA